GGGGACCGUCCCCGGCCCGCCAGGCCCCGCCAUGGCCAGGCCACAGAGGACCCCGGCGCGCAGUCCCGACAGCAUCGUGGAGGUGAAGAGCAAAGUAAGGGCCCCUUCGGUCCCUGCUCCAGCUUCAGCCCUAGGUGCUUCCAAUUCCCUUCUCCCCUUCCUGGCUCCUUGGUCCCACCACCUUUUUUCUCUCUUCCAUCCUCCACGUCUCAUCCUCCGACUUUUCUUUUCGCUGUCCCCCACCCAUCUUCCUCCCUUUCACUGCUGGCCUCUAGAGUCCCUCUCUGGCCUGACUUACCUGGAGGGCGGGGAGAAGACCUUGGACAGCGUCUCUUGUACUGGAGCUGAGGUCUGGACGCAAGAUUGCAGCUGUUGCGACAUCCCUCUUUCCCACCCCUGCCACCCUCGGACCUGUAGUGAGAGAGAACGCGGGCUCCGUCCUGAUCCCUCCUCUCCCCUCACUCCUUGCCUCCAGUUUGACGCUGAGUUCCGACGCUUCGCACUGCCCCGUGCUUCGGUGAGCGGCUUCCAAGAGUUCUCGAGGUUACUGCGUGUGGUGCACCAGAUCCCGGGCCUGGACGUGCUGCUUGGCUAUACAGAUGCUCACGGAGACCUACUGCCCCUUACCAACGACGACAGCCUGCACCGGGCCCUGGCCAGCGGGCCCCCGCCGCUGCGCCUGCUAGUGCAGAAGCGGGCAGAAGCUGACUCCAGCGGCCUGGCCUUUGCCUCCAACUCUCUGCAGCGGCGCAAGAAAGGGCUCCUACUUAGGCCAGUGGCACCCCUGCGUACCCGGCCACCCCUGCUAAUCAGCCUGCCCCAAGAUUUCCGCCAGGUUUCUUCAGUCAUAGAUGUGGACCUACUGCCUGAGACCCACCGACGGGUGCGACUGCACAAGCAUGGUUCCGACCGUCCCCUGGGUUUCUACAUCCGAGAUGGCAUGAGCAUGCGUGUAGCUCCCCAGGGCUUGGAACGGGUCCCAGGCAUCUUCAUCUCCCGCCUGGUACGAGGGGGCCUGGCUGAAAGUACAGGGCUGCUGGCAGUCAGUGAUGAGAUCCUCGAAGUCAAUGGCAUUGAGGUGGCUGGGAAGACCUUGGACCAAGUGACAGACAUGAUGGUCGCCAACAGCCACAACCUCAUUGUCACUGUCAAGCCAGCCAAUCAGCGCAAUAAUGUGGUGCGUGGGGCAUCUGGGCGUCUAACAGGGCCUCCCCCUGCUGAGCCCGAUAGCGAUGAUGACAGUAGUGAUCUGGUCAUUGAGAACUGCCAGCCUCCCUGUUCCAAUGGCCUGUCUCAGAGGCCUCCAUUCUGGGACCUGCACCCAGGCCACCUACUUCCCAGUGUCCGCAGCUCUCUGCCCUCCCUGGAUGAUCAGGAGCAGGCCAGCUCUGGAUGGGGGAGUAGCAUGCAAGGAGAUGGUAGUGGCUUCAGCCUCUGACACACAACAAAACAGCCCCUUGCCACUCCAGGCUGCUGGGACAUGGCAGAGACUUCCUCAUUGGGGGUUUUAGCUUGCUCACAGGGCCAUAUCAAUCUGGGGAACAUUAAAGGUUUUCUACAAAUGCA